CUGGGCUAUAAAUUCAGCUUCUAAACGGCUGGGAAAUCAGUACGGUUUGUUUCAGCCAUCCAAAAAGUCAUAACCAAAAUGAAUUCACUAACUGCUUUUGUGUGCUGUGCACUGCUGCUGAUUAGUCCUUUAUGCAUGGGAUAUACCGACGAAGAUCGUGAAGCCGACAGCCGUAAAGUUGCUGAAAUUAUCAGAAACUCCCAGGACGACGACUCUAAAAUCAAUAGCACACAGGAAUUACUUGAUAUCUAUAGGCGUUUAUAUCCCAGUUUGACCCUUGAGGAACGGGAGAGUAUCGAUAAGUUCGUCAAUGAACACACGGAUGCGAUUCUAAUCGAUGGAGUUCCGAGUCAGGGUGGCCGAAAGACCAAGUACGUUGGAAAGGUUUUAUCCCCAGCUGCGAAGGGAUUUGCCCUUGGAUUCUUUGAAGAACUUGGUUCGAAAAUUGCCCAAUUGUUCACUGGAUAAUACUUGGAGAAUAAUCGUAAUAACUGAAUUUGAAUAAUUAUGCGAAAAAAAUAACAAAGUAUGAACAAUAACUUUUUUCCAAAAUUCUCAAAUUGUUCACUGGAUAAUACUUGGAGAAUAAUUGGAAUAACAGAAUUUGAAUAAUUAUGCGAAAAAAAUAACAAAG